GACAUCACACGUGAUGUGCAUGUUGACUUCCAUGUGCUUCCGUGAGACGCCAUCGCGUUGUUUUCGCGCCUAUUUUCCAUGAUUAUCGCCGGUUUUGACCAAAUCUAGCUCAGUUUUUCGGUUUCUGCGUUCAGGGAGACCGACUUUCGUCACAGAACGAAUCCUGUUAGGCGGGACAACUUUGAGUUUUGGUCCUUGUGCGCGAUCACCUGACUUCCAGUUGAACGAAGCCAACGCCGCUUGUUAACUUGCUUCUGACGCUCGGUCGAAAUUUGCCGCGACAAUGGGUGAAGUUUGGAAAGUCGGAGAUUUGGUUUGGGCCAAAAUGAAGGGUUUCGCUCCAUGGCCUGCAAAGGUUGCUGAACCUGACCAAGAACAGCUGAAGAAGACUGCUGCCAAGAAAGGUGGAAGCCGAUGGGUGUUUUUCUUUGGCUCUAACAACUACGCUUGGAUUGAAGAAACAAACUUGAAGCCCUACUUCCAGUUUAAAGAAACCCUCUCCAAGACAAGCAAGGGUGCUCCUUUCAGGGAGGCUGUUGAAGCAAUCGAAGAAUAUGUCGAAAAUCAGCGAAAGGGUGGCGGAAAUAUCGGAGAGAGUGCAUCUGAUGCUGAAUUUAACCGUUUGAGGGAAUCCUUCCUCGACGAUGACAAGGGUCGCACACCUGCCAAAGGUGAAGGACCUGCUGCAACUCCGAAGCAGAAAAUAAAGAAGGAUAUAAAAAAGAGUCGGCUCUCGGAAGGAACAAGCAAUGGAUCGUCCGCCAAACGACCGCGCAAAGGCUCACAGGGACCUGAGGAGGACGCUGACCUCGAUUCUGCUGGGUCGGUGAACCAUUCCUAUCGUAAAGCUGCAGCUUCAAGCAGUUUGCUGGACCGGCCAUCAAAUGUUGUCCGACCUGAGACACCUCCGCUAGACAUUGAGGGUGUCACGCAGACACUGAAAGAGAAAAACAUCAUGCCCUCUAUGCUUAAGUUUGGUUUCCUGGGACUAGGAAUCAUGGGUUCCGGCAUCGUGAAGAACCUACUAAAUUCGGGUCACUCUGUCAUUGUUUGGAAUCGUACACCGGAAAAGUGCAAAGACUUUGUUAAGGCAGGAGCUGAAGAAUGCCUGACACCGUCAGAUGUUGUUGCUGCAGCAGACAUCAUCUUCUCAUGCGUUGCCGACCCAAAAGCAGCCAAAGAGAUGGUCUUUGGAAACUGCGGCGUGCUGCUGGAAAUUACCCCCAACAAAGGCUACGUCGAGAUGACUGGUGUUGAUGCCGACACUUCACAUGAUAUCGCUGAGGCAAUCCAAGCAAAGGGUGGUCGAUUCCUGGAGGCCCAGAUUCAAGGCAGCAAGAAUCAGGCUGAAGAGGGAAGCUUAGUAAUUCUAGCCGCUGGAGACAGGUCCUUGUUUGAUGAGUGUCAAACAUGUUUCCAGGCUAUGGGUCGCAAUUCGUUUUACUUUGGUGAUGUGGGAAAUGCAUCGAAGAUGAACCUUGUCCUGCAGUUGAUGGCUGGAGUGACCAUGGCAGGAUUGGCUGAAGGCAUGGCUCUCGCUGACCGUGCAGGGCUUCAGCAGAAGGAUGUCCUGGAAGUUCUUGAGCUUACUUCACUAGCAUGCCCAAUGAUGAUCGAAAAGAGCAAAGCUAUUAUUGAUGGAGGGUUCCAGACCAACCUCCCUUUGCAGCAUCUGCAAAAGGACAUGAAGCUAUCCCUGAUGAUGGGAGACUCGUUGGAGCAACCUUUGCCUCUGACAGCCACAGCCAACGAGGUCUUUAAGCACGCCAAACGACUUGGUUACGGUGACCAUGAUGCCUCCGCGGUGUAUAUACGAGCACGGUUCUGAAGAGGAUCUCACUUUACUGCCGCAAUGUUCUGUUAGAAAAUCAACCAACUUUUGCAAAUAACACAAUAGACUCGGCAUCGCGGCACAGUUUCUAAUGAUGUGCCCCCAUGACUAAGAAAGUACCAAAAGCUGCAACCUCUUCUGUCAAUUGUUUUGUGUCUAUUUUCCUUAUUUGUAAUUAGGCAUGUGGCAUUUUAUUGUCUUUUUUAGAAUAUAUAAAAAGGGAUGUAGAGAUCACAUCUGGGAAAUGAUUGUUUUUACAACAACUGAUCAGUUUAAAUGUCUUAACUGGGCAGACUGAAGUGUUUUGACAACGCCUUUUGCACAGCACCAGCGCUGUGCUUGAUCAGAGAUAGAGCAAUUGUCAGUUUCGUAAAAAAAAAUAUCAGGUUCUUUUAAUUUCCAAUUGCAGUUUAUUGACUUUAAAAGCUAGUUUAAUCAUCAAUAUUCAGUAGCGUUCUCAUCUAAUGCCAGUAACUGAAUCUGUUCCAAAAAGCUCUUUAACAGAGGAUCAUGCAGUGGUCAACCAAAUGAAUUUUAAAUCUAGCUAAUCUAUGAAUCGUGGAAAAGUUGCUUUGAAAUUUAACUGAAAAUGUUUCUGAUUCCAACAUGCGUACAUUUUUGGGCCACUCAAACAAUGAGUAAUGUUUUGGAGGAUUUGAUUAUUUUUGUACUAGAGGCAGAAAAAUGCUGGUGUGUAAUUUUAACCCAUUUAUGUUAAGCAGUCACUACGACAAUACGGAGCUACUGUUUUAAAACACGUAUUUAAUUUGUUUGUAUUCUUAGAAUGCAGGAGGUGUGUUUUAAUGAUUAACAACCUAUGAUCGCUCCUGUUAAAACUCAGUUCAAAGUCGUAAGCUUGGUAAUUGUAUUAAAAUUUAAGACAACAUUUUUCUUUGGCUUCCAAAAAUUGGCAUCAAUAUGAUGUGUAUCUUUCUAAACGCACUGUUCAUUUAAAAAAUAUUAAAUGUAAAGACGAA